ACAUAUUCCCUCAAGCUGAGAGACAGGACUGAAGUGAGCUUUGCAGUUAGUAGUGUGCCAGAUCUGGUUGCCAUCACAUUCAUGCAGGAUAUCCAAUGUCUCAAUGCCAUGUGGGACAACACCAGUCCUCACUGGGGAGGAGAAUCAGUGUUAAUGAUUGAAGGACACCCUAUUCUGAUAGUAUACUGGCCAGAU